AAUCAGAUAAUACGAAUCUUUUAAUAGAGGCCAACAAACUACCUCCGCCAACGGUUGCAAAUUUGCAGCGAAAUUCGUUUCAGUUCCCGGCAAGAUGCUGCUGGUCCCGCCUCCAUCGCCGCCGUCAUUUCCAGUUGCCGCCAGUUUCGCCUCCGGCCGCCACUCGCGACUCAGCACGCUUCGGCGCCACCAGGUCGCCGCGACUAAUGAAGUCGACGCCUUCACGCAAUACUCCGGCUACCUCUUCGAGCUGAGCUCAUCUGAAGCCGAAUCCUUGAACGAAUACAAAAUAUCGAAAAUCGCCGCUAUAUAUCAGAAGAAGCCUUUGAUUCUCCUCCGCCGGUUGUUGCAGACCGCCACCACUCUCGGCCGGUGGUUCGCCCUCCGGUAUUACGACCGCAUCACCGAGCGUGCGGACGCCAUGUUCGAGGUCAGGGCUGCUGAAUUGAGGAAGAUACUAGUACAACUCGGGCCGGCUUAUAUUAAGAUAGCUCAGGCUGUUUCGUCUCGACCUGAUUUGAUACCGCCCUCAUAUUUGGAUGAGCUUUCACUCUUGCAAGAUCGAAUUACACCAUUUUCCACAGCAGUUGCAUUUGAUAUAAUAGAGCGAGAACUUGGAUUACCAAUAGAAGCACUAUUUUCGGAAAUCUCCCCUGAGCCUGUGGCAGCAGCAUCACUUGGACAGGUUUAUCAAGCUAGGCUUCGGUCAAGUGGGAAGGUUGUUGCUAUAAAAGUGCAGAGGCCUGGAGUUAGAGCUGCAAUCUCGUUGGACAUACUGAUCUUGCGUUUCCUGGCAGGAAUUAUAAGGACUGUAGGAAGAUUUAACACAGACCUUCAGUCAGUGGUUGACGAAUGGGCAUCAAGCCUUUUCCGGGAGAUGGAUUACAACCAAGAAGCAAAAAAUGGAGUAAAGUUUAGACAGUUAUACGGCAGCAUAAAGGAUGUUGUGGUUCCUGAAAUGUAUGUUGACCAAACAACUGGCAGGGUUCUCACCAUGCAAUGGAUUGAGGGUCAAAAGCUAGAGGAAGUGAAGGAUCUUUACAUGAUUCAGGUCGGGGUCUAUUGUUCAUUCAAUCAACUUCUAGAGUAUGGGUUUUAUCAUGCUGAUCCGCAUCCUGGAAACCUGCUUCGCACAUAUGAUGGGAAACUAGCCUACCUAGACUUUGGCAUGAUGGGUGAAUUCAAAGAAGAACUUCGUGAUGGAUUUAUUGAAGCUUGUCUCCACCUUGUUAACCGUGAUUAUGAUGCACUUGCAAUAGACUUUGUAACUCUUGGGCUUCUUCCACCAACAGCUGACAAGGAAGAAGUUACAAAAGCAUUAACAGGUGUCUUUCGAGGUGCCGUUGACAAAGGAGUUCAGAACAUUAGCUUUGGGGAUCUUCUUGGAGAUUUGGGAUUCACCAUGUACUUGUUUCCUGACAUCUUCACCUUCUACUGGAUAAUCUCCAUUUGUGUUUGUUUCCGAAUCCAGGAACUGAUAAUGUUUUCUGGGUACAAAUACAAGUUCAGGAUUCCAUCUUAUUUUUCUCUCGUCAUUAGAAGUCUGGCUGUUUUGGAAGGAAUUGCCAUCGGCUCUGAUCCAAAUUACAAAGUUUUGGGAAAUACUUACCCUUGGAUUGCCAGGAAGGUGCUUAUUGGUAGCUCAGCGAAAUUGAAAUCUUCGUUGCAAGCUCUUCUUUACAAGGAUGGCGUGUUCAGAAUUGAUCGACUAGAGUCUCUCUUAUCAGAGUCAUUGCGUGCCAGGACAGAAAGAGCAUUGAUUGGAGAACAGGUAGAAGACAACUCUAAGAAGAUGAUCAAGCAAGUUCUUUCUUUUACUUUGGAUGAGACGGGAGCAUUGGUGAGAGAAAUACUUCUUGACGAAUUUGCCAAGGGGUUGGAUGCACUUGGAUUAGCGACCUUGGACUCACUUACAGCAAACCUACCCUUCAGGCCAAGUUCGACCUCCAUGACUGAUGAAGAUAUCAACAAUCUGCGAACACUGAGACGCCUUAUGCUAUUAAUUUCUGAGCUUCAACGAACUGAAACUUCUGCAGUGGGAGACAAUGGAGUUGGCUCGUAUGACUCCUCAGAUGGAGCCGCGCUGCUCCCUUAUGGAUUGAGAUCUUCUCAGGAAAUGCUGCCACUUCUUCUCUCUGCAAUUUCCGAGCUCCCACAAGGUUCACAACAACAAUUGCUAAGACUGCCAGCAGAUCUGGCUGGAAAACUAGUCUCGCGCAUUGCUGCUAGGACGUUAAAACGGGCAUUCCUACUAAAUUGAUUUGUCAAAGCUGUGCUCAUCUCAUCAAACAUGGAGGAUUUUUCGUGUUUUCACAUCAGCCUUACGAUUUUGUUUCGGAUUUUGCUCCGACCAUCGGAUGAUCAGAUGGAGAGCAGCACCCAACUCAACUGCAAAAACUUACAAUAGCAAAGCUGCAAAGGUAGAAAAUAUGGCUCACAUUUAUUCCGUGGAAUUGGCCGCUUGUUAUUCACUCAAAUACUCUUUGUUUCAAUCUGUAUAAGUGAUUUUUGGUGGAAGAUUAUAUAUUCGGUGUUCAAACUAGUUACUGUAGAAAGAUUAUACCAUGCUAAUCUUCAAUCUUUAACUAGGAAAAGUGGAAAAGACGAAGCAUUAUUGAUUCA